GCGUUCAUCGUCUGACGAUAAACGUUUUUAUAUACUGUUUUAAGGUAACGGUAAAUGAUACUAUUCGGACACUGCAAUCGUCCCUGCAUGGAAUAAGUGAUGCGAUACAGAAUAAAUGUACAAUUAAAGUAAAACGGAAUUGUUUACAUGUAGAACUGACGUGCCCAGCGUUACGAAGUCUAACUCCAUAAAGAAUCUAAUGAAAACAUAAUUUGUAUUUUAUCUAACGUUGUCGAUGGUAGAGGAGUGGGUACACACGGAGAAAUAUGUUUUAACAUUUCCUGCCUUGUUUAUGAACAAAAUUUUUAUUGUCAACAACUAACUAAAUAUAUCCAUCUGACAAUAAAGUGGUACAAAAGUGUUUGUUUUGCUCAUAACAGUUGAGAAAUCGUUCAUGUGAGAUUUAAGCCUCAUACUCAAGAUUAGUCUUUUAACUUUCGAACUUUCUUGGCAAUUCAAUCAGCUUGCUAUAACCGAAACUAAAUGAAAAUGGUUUUUAUAACAACAUAUUUAUCGGAUCGCUGACACAUUAUUUUUAUGAGAAUAAGUCAAAAGAUUAUAGAUUUUUAAUGCAACAAAAUUUUGAGGGAGUGAAGGACAUUCUAGGUUAUAUAUAAACUGUAAAAUUAAUUAGUAUUUAUUUGUAUGUUACAGUCUGCAACGUUUCAUUUCUUAGUGAAACACUCACGGUUUCAGAAAUGAACAGGAAAGCAGUACAGGGAAGUAACUUGUGCGCCGGCCAGUGUUCGCAAAAAAUCAGAUUAACUCAUGUUUUAUUCGAAUAAAAAAUGCAAGUGGGAUGAUGGGAAAAGAAAGACAGCGAAUAUGAUAAAAAACGAAUAUUUAACGAAGACAUUUUAAAAAAGGUUCUAUAAAGCAUUUUUUUUAUCAAUGGGUAGGAGUUAUAAAAAUUAUGCCGUAACACACUUUAUAUGCCAUAAUCCCAUUAAAAACCUUAAUUGAAGCCAACGCGUAAGACGACUCUUCUCCGCAGAUAUUUUGUUAAAUAUUUAUUACAUUUAUCAAUAUAAUGAUUGUUAUUUUUCAAGUUGAAACGGGGAAGGUGUGUUUUUUGUGACGUUGUGUGAUAUUAACGUUGUUUGGCUUUUUGUAAUGUGAUAUAAAAAGACAUUUAGGAUUCUUGAAGAGAUAAAGUAGAACAGGGGAUGAGUUACACUUAAAAGCAAACCUAGGAACAAUCGAGAAAAAGUGAAGGUCAGACAGACAGUGUUUUGUUAGAACGAUGGAGGAGAAUCAACAGAUAUGCAUUGCUUGUAAUAAAAUGCAAUCUUCAUUUGUAUACAACUGCGAUUGUGGUCAUGUCAUGAGAGAGUCAGUAAUUCUGGAAAGAGAACGUUCCAGAAAACGAAGAGCACCAUAUCGACCAAAUUCAAUAAGUUCAGAAUGGAUCGGUGUUAACCAAUUGAAUGGCGCUUGUAUGAAACAGAUUAAAAAAUGUACUGGCGAUAUCCAAGAUGACAAUAAAGUUCUUCUGAAAUCAUUUACUAGCAUAAAACAAAAACAAAGUUGCAAUAAAAAGAGAAAAUUCCCCGUAAAACAAAAGAAAAGAAUUUUCGAGAAAACUAAGCACAAGAAGAGCCAAUCAAAAGAGUUGCUGCAAAUCAGUGAAAGUUCAUAUCAAAAUAUAUACUUUAAUCGCUGCAAAAGCUAUCGCAAGGCGAAAAUAUCUGAUUUGGAUUUUGAAUUUGAUUUCUCUACAUUUGACAGUCAUUCACCGUUUUAUCCAACAGCUCUCGAGGACAUUAAUACCAAAAUAAACCGCACAAACACCUUUUAUAGACUUAUCAGUGAAUAGCUAGAAGUUAGAAAUGAAAAAAAUUUGAAAGUUGGGUUAUGUAAUGCCACUAAAUCGUUGCGCUUUUACAAAUCAAACGGAACACGAGGUUAACAAUUCGUCAAAAUGAUACAAUUAUAUAUAUUGCUAAAUUAAUAACUUGAAUUCUACACUAAAUCUACAAAAUCAAAUUUUUUGGUUAUUUAUAAUUAACAAAAAAGGGCUUCAGUAAAAAGACAGAAAUUUUACGUUAACAUGACGAGUGUGCUUAACAGUAAUACAUAGCUAUGUAGCUACGACGAUGAAAUGGAUGUACAGACGACCUGUUGAUAAAAGUAACCGAAACUUUGGGUGGAAAUCUGUGCGUUAUCCUUGAUGUACAAUGUACAAUCAGGCGUAUAAAUGAUCCUACGCGAAUAUACUGCUUGGCAGAAGGCUACGGAAACAUAUUGUUACAAGUUACUUAGGUUUUUCCUGAUAAAAAUUUAGGCAUUUGAAGUAACAAAUAUUCUUUAAA